CUUUGUGAAGCAAAUGGGGAGUGAAAGCAUAUCUCAUAAACACCAUUAUGAUAUCUCCAUGUCAAAGAGAACAAGAAAGCCAGCCAAAAUCCAAGAUGAACUUCAAAAUCUUGCACUGAACAAUGACGAUCUUAAUGUCAUCGGUGAAGGAGAUCGAUUCGAGAGCCCUGCAACGAAAGGGUUCGAGAUCGAGAACGAUCGUAAAAGCUUAGAACAACUCAUCAAUGGCGAAGGGAAGGAGGAAACGAGGUCAGACGAGGGCAACCGAGGAAGGAACUCGCUCGGUCAACACUUUAGUAAAGAAGAGAUCAACAAUCUUCAAAUUGUGAAGAAACAACAUCAAGAUGGAUUACAAGGAGUGAAGCUGAAAAAAGUGGUUGGAAAAUUUUUGAGAAAUUUGAUCAAAGGUGGUGGUGAUCAACACCAGCUGAUGAAGAAGCCAAUUAGAAAAAAGCCUUUUCUCUAAUAAUUGACAAUGAAGAGAAAAAUAUUCAUCAAAACUUCAUCAUUUUGCAGAGGUUGGUGAAAAUGGAGUAUUUGUUUUCUUUCUUGUUUAAUUUCAAUACUUCAUAGAAGA